AUGGCUCAGGAAUUUGUGAACAGCAAAAUCCACCCCGGGAAGGUGGUUGUGUUUAUCAAGCCCACCUGCCCCUACUGCAGAAAGACCCAAGAGAUCCUCUGUCAAAUGCCCUUCAAACAAGGACUUCUGGAAUUCGUCGAUAUCACAGGCACCAGUGACACAAACGCGAUUCAGGAUUAUUUCCAACAGCUCAUGGGGGCAAGAACGGUACCUCGGGUCUUUAUCGGAAAAGAUUGUAUAGGUGGAUGCUCUGAUCUAAUAAGCAUGCAAAAGAGUGGAGAACUGGAGACCUGGCUACGGCAAAUUGAAGCUCUAAAAUAAUUACAGCAGAGCAGACACCAAUGAUGUCCCCCUUGGGAACUGGAUGGCCUCACCAAUGAAGACAACACUUCUUGGUGGAUGGAUAUGGGGCCAUUCCUAUCAGCUAUAGCAACUGUUUAUUAUGAAAUACAGUUAUCAAAAUAAUAAUAAUAAUGGUAGGGGGAGUGGUGAAGUAUGGGCAGGGAGGAAAGCUUGUCUUCUUUUGGAUCAGUAUUAAAAAGACUAACUUUCCCCACACCAUGGGGCUGAAAAGACUGAUGGACCAUCUUGGGUUUCUUCUGGAUUGGCCUUUUGAGUUCCAAAAGACCAUGACAAGUUCUGGUUUAGGAUUCACCCAUUGACCCAAA